CAGCAAUCAUCCCCAAUUUGAGCCUAAAUGUAAACCGAAAUUCUAAUUGCGGAAAGUAUACCAGUAACAAUAAGUCAAUAAAGCCUAAAUUAACCGGCUUUCUCCUUCUAUGCCCUUUCUCACUCGCUUCUUCUUCUCCAUUGAUUCUUCCAAAGCAAGCUUCUUCGAUCUUCCUCAGAUUAUGUCUAGGAGAUGGUACCUAGUUUUGGAUUCGUUGCGUCGCGUUCGUCGCGGCGAUGUAGGAACCCUAAUUUCGAGUCCCCUUCGCAAUCGCACAGUUUGCACAUCCUCAAGGGAUCUUCUUCCCUCAUCAUCGAAUCACGGUGUUGUGGAGGAGAGUUAUUUUCUAGCUGAAUUAUCUUCAUUACUUCCAAUUUCAUCUAAAACCUCAUUGCCCAAAGACGAUAAUAGCUCGAAGAAUCAAGUAGCCAUUGAUUCCUUUUUGUCGCCGGAGGAAAAACUCAGAGGCGUGAUUCUCCAGAAGCUAAAGGGGAAAUCUGCUAUACAAAAGGCUUUUACUAGUCUCGGUAUCGAUCUGAGUAUCGAAACUGUGGCGAAUGUUGUCGAUCAAGGGAGUUUAAGCGGCGAAGCAAUGGUUACCUUUUUCGAUUGGGCGAUUCGCGAGCCUGGUGUAUCUAAAGAUGUUGAUAGCUACUAUGUGAUCUUAAAAGCGUUAGGAAGAAGAAAGUUCUUCUCUUUCAUGACUGAUGUUUUAAAGGGAAUGGCAUGUGAAGGUGUUAACCCUGAUCUCAAGUGUUUAACCAUUGCAAUGGAUAGCUUCGCCAAGGCUCAUUACGUGCGUAAAGCGAUACAAUUGUUCGAGGAAACCGAAGGUUUCGGUGUGAAAUGUAGUAGUACAGAGUCUUUCAAUGCGCUGUUGCGUUGUCUCUGCGAGCGUUCUCAUGUGAGUGCGGCGAAUUCGUUGUUUAAUACAAAGAAAGGAGAGAUAGCCUUUGACAUUUGCACUUACAACAUUAUGAUUAGUGGGUGGUCGAAGCUCGGUGAGAUUGAAGAGAUGGAGAAGGUCUUGAAGGAGAUGAUUGAAAAUGGGUUCGAUCCUGACUGUUUUUCUUUCAGCUACCUUAUCGAAGGCUUGGGAAGAGCAGGUCGUGUUAAUGAUUCCGUUAAGAUCUUUGAUAGUAUCAAUGUUCCUGACGCAAAUGUUUACAACGCUAUGAUCAGUAACUUCAUUUUUGCUCGAGAUUUCGAUGAAUCUGUGAGGUACUAUCGAAAGAUGCUUGAGGAGUGUGAACCGAACUUGGAGACUUACUCGAAGCUUGUUUCGGGGUUGAUUAAAGGGCGUAGAGUCGCGGAUGCGCUUGAGAUAUACGAAGAGAUGUUGUCAAGAAAGUUUGUUCCCGCCACAGGGGUCGUCACCUCUUUCAUCAAGCCGCUUUGUUGCUACGGGCCACCACACGCUGCGAUGGCUAUCUAUCAGAAAGCGAGGAAAGCCGGGUGUAAGGUAUCGGAGAGUGCUUAUAAGCUGCUGCUUAAGCGGCUUUCGAGGUUUGGGAAAUGUGGGAUGCUGUUGAACGUGUGGUACGAAAUGCAAGAGUCUGGAUAUGCUUCAGAUGUGGAAGUCUAUGAGUAUAUUGUGGAUGGGCUUUGUAACAUUGGGCAUUUGGAGAAUGCUGUGCUUGUGAUGGAAGAAGCUAUGCGUAAAGGGUUUUGCCCGAACCGUCUUGUUUAUAGUAGGCUAAGUAAUAAACUAAUUGCUUCGAAGAAAACUGAAAUGGCUUAUAAGCUUUUUCUGAAGAUCAAAGAGGCUCGUCUUAAAGACAAUGCUCGUAGAUUCUGGAGAAGAAAUGGGUGGCACUUUUGA